CCGAAAGGACAGCAACCAGACGACGCUGGGGGCGAAGGCUAUCAUAUUUAAGAGAGAAGUUAUUGAUCAUAAUUGUGGUUACCAUUCAAUUGUUACAGUAAGAAAAAAAGCUAUUAGCUAUCUAAACCAGAAUGCUCGUCCGUUCAGUCGGUCUCGCGACUGCGUUGCUGGUUCUCAGCAGCGGCUUUGCAAAUGCCCAUGGCUCUCAUUCCAAUGAGCAGAACCCUUCUGACGACUGGUCAAUCCGACAUAUGCAAGAGGAACACCACAUUGAUUCUUUCGACGCCGGCUCCUUCUUUGCCCUUCACGAUUAUGAUUCCUCUGGAACAUGGACAACCAGCGAGGUUCGGAAGACAUAUGGUAUGAGUGAUGAGUCGAAUGCCGGAGUGAGCGAGGAUCGCAAGGCAAAUGCCAUUCGCGAGGUAUUUGCGAUCUUCGAUCCUGCAAACACCGGGGUCAUUACUCGCGCUGAAUGGAUGCGUCUAAGCUCGGAGGGUAAACGGUUGCCUGACCUUGGAUUCGGUCCCGGUCAUCAUGGUGACAUUGAGUAUGAAUACGAAAUUCAUCACUUCGAGAAAUACCACGGCGACGAUGCCAAGGAGGAGGACCUGACACACCCUGAAGAUAUCGAGCACUUCCGGAAACAUGACCAAGAGGAGGAUGCUGCAGAUAGGCUCGAGCAGCUAGAGAAGAUGCCGAUCGUUGAGGGCAAUAUACCCCAGAAGUUCCUCCGACAGCCUUAAUGGGGGUCCACGGUCCGUCU